AUGGCGCAAGUCGUAGCUCCCAGCAGCCAAGCUAGCACCGCUCCAUAUGCGCAACAGAAUGCGCCGCACGGCAAGAAGCGACCCGCCGACAGCUCGCUGGAAAACGAGCAGCGUUUGAGCAAGCGAUUCGACCUGCUGAAUCUCGGUAUGUGCUUCUGGCCCCUCUCCUACAAUGGCACGCGCCUCUAUAUUCCCGUCGCAGGCUCGCUCGAGGGCGCACACGCACACGCACACGCACACGCACGCGGGCUACCAGGCCAGCCCAUAGCAGGCGCCGACCCUCUCGCCUUUGUCUCGAGCAGCCGGCCUCCACGCUCGCGGCGACCACGCGCGCCGCCCACCGACGCCGACGGCAUGGAGGUGGAAGACACGCCGCACCGCGUCUACAUCUCGGACCUGAGUGCCGAGCUCAGCGACAUCGAGUCGGACGAGGAGAAGCCCAUUUUCCUGUCGGACAUUGAAAAGCACCUCUCCAAGAUACCGCGCCACGUGCUGCUCGGCCCGGAGCCCAAGCCCACCAUGCACAACCAGAUGGUCCUGUACAAUGUGCCCUCGAGCCUGACGGUCCCGCAGGAACAGGACAAUGUGCGCAAGGCUAUUGUAGAGACCAGACAGCGCAUCCGCGACAGGCAGGCUAAUCCUGUCACCGAGCCGCCGGGUGUCUUUGCUGCCAACACUACUUGCACUACCACUUUACAUACUCCUCCUGCUCUUCCUCGUACUAGCACUACUCCUAAUACAACCACAACCAUGAUGACGGAUGAUAUACCCCCGGCGCACGACAACAGUACCGUCGAUGCCAUGGAUAUUGACUAA